AUGAACAGUCUCGAGCCCUCCAACAGCACGGCAGCCACCAAGGUCCGUGCGACCAUCAAUCAAGGUCUUGUUCCUCAAUGGAAUUGUGUUCGGGUUGAUGAUCCGCAUAUGAAGUCCCAUCCCUUCUUCCCAAAGACUGUUGGAUAUGUACAACCAGCACCGGCACUGGCACCAGCACCAGCACCAGCACCAGAACCAGCACCGGCACCAGCACUCUCCCCAGUCCUACCCCCAGCUCCCAAACGGAUGUCAGUUCUGCCGAUUGAUGCACUCCCUCGUGCCGGUCAUGCUCACAAUCUGACCGUGACUGGCACCAUGACCGACAAGGGCAAACAGUCUGACCGUGGCACUCGUAGAUCCCGUGACGACAGCCCAAAUGCCGAGCCAGGCAGAAAGAAACAAAAGGUGUUGAAGUGUUUGUCGAAGGCCAUCAUCUCCGACACCGAGGACAAGGACAGGCAGCCAACAGGGACCAUUGUAGUGAAACAGCGGCCCAAGAUCAUCGAAUCUUCAGGUGCAGCGGCGCCAAAAUCAAAGGGAAUGACUAAAAAUGUCAAGCAGGUGAGAUUUACUACGUCCUCUCUGUCCUCCCACAUCACCGAUCUUCAGCCGGAAGCCGAAGCCAACAUCGGCCGAGUCCAGCCAAAGGGCAAAGGCAAGGAGAAGGCUGUGAAUAUCGCCGAGCCUGUGAGAGGUCGUGGGCUACUGAAGGCCGAUGCUGAGGAGGUGCGGUGCAACCGACCGGUGUCAGUCGAUACCCGGCGUCCCUCAACAACGCAGGCACCAAAGUCACACCCUCGGUCAAAGGCCGCACCGGCGUCCAAGUUGAAGGCUAAAUCCCAGACCACUAGAGCGACCUCUCGUGCACGUCCACCAACUCCUAUCAUGGAAUCUGAGGAUACUGCGGAUACCGAAGCGUCUGCUACCAGUCAAGAUGAUGUCGAGAUGGACCAUGAUACUGACGCCGAGCGGGACACCGACAUCGCCGCUGAUAUGUCGGAUGAGCCUGCUGAUCAAAUCAUGGUUGACCAGCCCGGAGCCAUAGCUUCUGCAGCCGACUUCCCUGCUGACCAUUGGCUGGAGGCCACUGACGACGCGCCCAUUCCGAUUCCCCCACCAACUCCUCCAGCCGAUCCCCUUUCCCUUCCUUCAACACCCACCAUCCUCGAAUGCGUGCUCGCCUUGACCACUCAGGUGACUGACAUGCAAAUGGCCGACAAUAAUGCCCUCGCCAGGGUAAAUGCAAUGGAACAGGAGUUCGACACCCGCAUUUCCUCGAUGUGUGCCGAGCUGUCCUCCAUGCAGCUUGAUGUCGGUGCCACCGUGACAUUGGUGAACGGACUUGUCUGCCUGGUUGAGAAACUUCGGCAGGAGCGGGUCAUUGCCAAUCCAUCAUUCCCGCCGCCAAUGCUCAGCCAUGGCAACGAGUCCUCCGCCACCGCAUUUGGUAUGAGGUACAUGAACGGCGUGUUCGGCCCUUUGGCUGCUCCCACCUCUCUUUCUGCUGGAGUCGGUCAAACCUCAGCCUCCUGCCCUCCUGGUCGUCCCGACACGCAGGGUGACACUUUCACAUCCGAAUAA